GCACACCUGCUUCAGUAAAACGCACUGGACGGAUAUGACAGCAGCGAAGCGGCUGCUGCAGGAGGAGUGGCUCAGCUCCGGGCGCAUCUUCACUCGACUCACCUCACUGACAUCAACGCCACACACUGGAAUAAACCCAUCAGGAGCGAGGAAAACGACGGGCAAAUAACACUCGCACUACGCAGGUGAUGUGACAGAGAAGACAUCCUGUACGGUCAGACUACAGGAAACUGGAGAUGAGGAUUGUGGGAUUGUGGAGGACUGGGCCAUACAGUCCCCUGCUGGUCUUUCUGCUCCACUCGCUGCUGCCUCUUAUACGGCCCAGUAAUGCUGGAAACCAGAAUAUACCACGACUACAGCUCUCUCAUGCAGAACUGAGGUCGAGGAACAGCUCUGCUGUGUUCUGGGACGGUGGAGAGAGGGGAGCGUACCAGGCCCUGCUGCUGGAUGAGGACCGCGGAAGGCUGCUGGUCGGAGGCCGAGACCACAUCUACAUGCUAAACUUUGACAGCUUCACCCAACCGGCACGCAAGAUUCACUGGCCAGCUGGACAGGAACACACUGAACGCUGCAAAUAUGCAGGAAAGAAUCUAUCGAUGGACUGUGCCAAUUACGUGAGACUCCUACAGCCCUUAAAUAAAACACAUGUCUAUGUAUGUGGAACCGGUGCGUUCCACCCACAGUGCACCUACAUUGACCUGGGACACAAUCUUGAGAAACCCACUUUCCAGCUCCUUAGCCAAGUUGGAGAAUCCGGGAGAGGAAAAUGUCCCUUCAGUCCAGAGGAGCCCUUUACCGCCCGACUGACAGAUGGGGACCUGUAUGCCGGGACAUCCGUAGACUUCAUGGGAACAAACGCUGCCAUUUUUCGCACAUCUGUGCACAGCAGCAAUCAACAGUAUAUCCGCACUGAAGCUUACCAGGACCACUGGCUAAACGAGCCAGAGUUUGUGGGAUCGUAUUCUAUCCCUGACACACACAGCUUGGACGAUGACAAAGUCUACUUCUUCUUUAAAGAGACCGCCGUAGAGUCCAACCAGCUAGACAAGCAUAUCUACAUUCGUGUGGCUCGUGUCUGCAAGAAUGACAUAGGAGGGAAACGAAGCUUAAUUAAUCGCUGGAGCACCUUCCUGAAAGCCAGGCUGGUGUGCUCAGUACCAGGACCUGGAGGCAUGGACUCACACUUUGACGAGCUGGAGGACAUAUUUAUCUUGGAGACCAAAGAUUCACAGAAUCCAGUCAUCUACGGUGUCUUCUCCACUUCCAGCUCUGUCUUCAGAGGUUCAGCCGUUUGCAUCUAUUCCAUGGCCUCCAUCCGAGCCGCCUUCAACGGGCCGUUUGCGCAUAAGGAGAGCCCUGAUCAUCGCUGGAUGGAGUACAAGGGGAAGAUCCCUUAUCCACGGCCGGGGACGUGUCCGAGUGAAACCUAUGACCCUUUGCACAAGUCCACCCGAGAUUUCCCAGACGAUGUUGUGAGCUUCAUGAGGACCCAUCAGCUGAUGUGGGAGCCAGUGAUGCCCAUUCAUAGGCGCCCCGUCUUUACUUGGAUCAACGCCCCCUACAGGCUGAAGAAGCUCGUGGUUGAUAGGGUUGAUGCAGAGGACGGCCAGUAUGACGUCUUACAUCUUGGCACAGAUGAUGGCAGAGUAUUAAAGGUGGUCUCUGUACCUAAAGAGAACUGGGAAACUGAAGAAAUCAUUCUAGAAGAGCUUAAUGUCUUCAAGACUCAAACCCCAGUCCUAAACAUGGAGCUCUCCACCAAGAGGCAAGUGCUCUUUGUAAGCAGUGAUGAAGGGGUCGUCCAGCUUCCUGUGCAGAGGUGUGAGCUGUACGGUAAAGCGUGUGUAGACUGCUGUCUAGCUCGUGACCCAUACUGUGCUUGGGACGGGUCCUCCUGUACUAACUACUUCCCUAGCAACAAAAGGCAUGCCCGGAGGCAGGAUGUGAGGUAUGGAGACCCCUGGAGCCAGUGUCAGGACAUGAGAGACGAGAAUGCUGAACUGAAGACAGUUUACGCUGUGGAGACAAACUCAACCUUCCUGGAAUGUGUCCCACGUUCACCACAAGCCACGAUCAAGUGGAUAAUUCAGCCAAACCACAGCCAAAGCAGCAAAGAAUUGGUUCCAGGUGAAGAAAAUCUCAUCCACAUGCAACGCGGGCUCCUCCUCCAGCACUUAGCAUUCGCUAAUGCUGGCCUGUACCUCUGCGUAGCCUACGAACACUCGUUCUCCCGCACGCUAGCCCGCUACGAGGUCCACGUUAUCCCCCAGAACCACAUGUCGAGAGCGCAGAACACCCAUCCCGGAAAUCACGCAGCCUUGCCACGGACCUACAAGGAACUCCAUUUAAUGGGAGUUAGUGAGCUAACGUCUGAUGAGUACUGUGAACAUCUUUGGUACCGCAAAAAACGACGACAGCAAAAACUACGCUCGCUAAAGUUGAAGCAGGUGGCUGAAAAUCGUAAAGCGAGAGUUAGGCGACAAAAUCCACCCAACAAGCCUCUAGACGGAGGUGAAACUGCAGACUUGUGAUGAAGAGAAGGACUGUGUGACUUCAUCUGGACAAUUAGCAUCUUGUUUGUAGCUUGAUGGCUAAAGCUACAUCCCGACUAGCUGCAACCAGCAAAUGCUACUGUUAACACAACAACAAAGGGCUACAGCUAAGAACUGUAUUAUUCUUCUAUUAAGUCCUCUCUUAAGUUUCAUUUUGUAGCCUGUGCUAUUGUUAGCACGUAGCUUUAACACAGUAUAAUCAGACUGUAGCUGUGCAACUGAGAUGAAUUUGUGUAGUCUGGCAUCCACAUUUUGCAUACAUUUAAUGUAAUAUUUUCAAACCGUUUCUAUUAUUUGUGAACCUUCUUGAAAGACAAGCACCUAUGCUUAAUGCUAGGUAUGCUUGGUAAGCUAAUAUUGAAAAUGGACAAGCUAAUGCACUGUUUUGAGCGAAAUGCAGUGCAACGAUGAACUGACUUCUCUUGCUUUCACAAGGCAUGUAGAUUAAAUAGUCCCUAGAGCUGUAUAUCAUUGUGUUGCUAUUAUAUUUGGACUCUUGACACAGUCAUAUUUACAAAUUUGUUCUGACAACAGCAGGUGCCUCAUGUUCAGAGGAAGUUUGCCCAGGAUGUGCCCUUCAUAUGUUUCCUUCCCCUUCAAGUACAAUCUCUUCUGCUCUUUCCUGAGAACAUCCUUGAGUAAAUAUUGUGUUUGCUUUAUGACUCCUUUGCAAAUCUCUCCACUCUGGUCCCUUGUGUUGUGUGUACAGUAUGUGUAAGAUGUGUUCGUGUGUGAAAGCAUCUGGGGAUGGUAAGUAGAAAAUGGCAUCCAAAGAUCAAAGAGCUUUUUAAAAUUCUCUUCACUGCCCAUGAAAAUGACUUCCAGAACCUCGUGCUUUUGUUCUUCACCGUAACUAAAUGAAAAGUUGUCUUUGGCUCACAGUGAAAAAUGAAAUAGGUUCAUGGUUGGUUGAUGAUUAGAUUAAAAAACACUAAAUGUACAUUGUUUUAAUGUAUGUUGAUUAUAUAAUGGAGUUCACAUGUUGGGUUACUCCUUUAUGUCU